UUGCUCCAAAAAUUAUGAUUUUGUUUGUUUAUUUGGCCUCUUUCAUUUUACUGCAGAAAUAUUUUGCUGUUUUUAUUAAAGUCCUCCAAAUGAUAGAAAAAUUCCAACAAAAUAGUUUCUGUACAUGUUUGCAAUUAUUUCAUUUAAUUUGUUUACUCCUAUUCUAUGGACACGUUUAUCAAAAAAUUUGGGUAAUCCUAUAUGAAGUUAAAGCAGGGCUCUCAUUCGUGCUUUAUUUGAAAGUAUUAUACUUUGAAACCGACCUCCAUACUUAA